GAAAAGAGAAAGGAAAAUUAAUAUGAUUUUGUUUUUAGACAGCAGAAAACAAAACACAACUCAGCGAGGUAGAUAAAAGAGAGAGAAAGAGAGAUUUGUGUGUAGGGGUUCAAGAUCUUGUCAGAUCGAGCUCAACCAACUAGGGAGAUGGGGAGGGAACUUAUGGAUGUACAUUUGGAUAAAAAGCCAAACGGUAUUGCGAAUUCAAAUGGUGCAUCUCAUGAUGAUGCUCAUGUUGCUCCCAAAAUUUCAGAAGACCACAUUGAAGUAAAGGACUAUGAUGUGAAAGAAUGCACUGAAGAAAACUCUGUUGUUGAUAAUUGUUGUGAGAAACAAGAUGUGGUAGUUGUCCAAAGCAAAAACUUUGAUACUGAUGAGGUGGACAAUCAAAAUGAGAAUCCCGGAUCUCAGAAGUCAAGCUCUCCUACAUCUAAAGCUAGUGGUCCUGCUAUUGUGCGUAAAAGUAAAACUGUCUUGCAGCCUUGUGAUCUGGCAACUGAAAAGCUUGCAUCAGGCACAACUCUGCAUGUUGGGUCUGAAAAUGCAGCUGAUGUUAAUAAUGGCCAAACCCCUAUCACUAAGAAGUCUUCACAGCCAAACUCACCACUGACAUCAAAGAAGCUAUCUCAACUUGAUAAUAAGAAGCUCCAAGAUGAAGAAGAUACUUGGUCUGUUACUUCCUCUACUGCUACAUCUUUCCGAAAGGUAACUGUUGGAACAGCUCCCAAAUUUAGAUGUUAUGAACGUGCUGAGAAACGGAAGGAGUUUUACUCAAAAUUAGAGCAAAAGAAACGAGCAUUACAGGCAGAGAGAAGCCAGUGCGAAGCAAGACAAAAGGAAGAUCAAGAUGCUGCCAUUAAGCAGCUUAGAAAGAGCAUGGUUGUCAAAGCAAAUCCAGUUCCUAGCUUUUACUACGAGCCGCCCCCACCAAAGGCUGAACUUAAGAAGCUGCCGCUGACAAGACCCAAAUCUCCAAAACUGAACAGUUUAAACCGGAGAAAGAGCUGCAGUGAUGCAGUUCACAGCUCUUCCCCUGAUGACAAGGGAAGAGUUUGUGCUCGGUCGGAACGCCGCAGCUUGGGUAACUGCAAAGAAGAAUCCCCUGUUUCUGCUGCAAAAACUAAGGUGCGAGGACAGAAUACUAACAGCUCUUGCAAGGCGAAAAACCAACUAAAGCCAGCGGAGACAACACAAACCUCUCCUCCGAAGAUGACAGAGCAAGCAAUUGCAGAUAUCAGCGUCGAGUCCUGAAGUGCUUGUUUUUGACUAACUAUUUAAGUUGGAGAAAUGGUCUUCAAAUUUCCAUUUGGAUGUGCCAAAAGAAAUAGCAUGCAAUGACUUGUUUUAACGUUUGUGUUGAUGUGAAAUGUAUAUUUUUUGUAAGAGCUAUUGGUACAUAUCACAUUAUAUAUAGAGUGAUUAAUUUUUAACA